AUGACUGAACUUAAGAGGGCGGACAAGACUCUUGCGGGAUCAAGUCGCGAGUCCAAGGCGCAGUCGGUCAAGGGUACACUUGAGUUCCUGCACAUUGUCGAAAAGCUGAAGCGCACAAAGAGGACUGGAUGGAUCAACCACGGGAUCAAGCCGGCAGAGUCGAUCGCCGACCACAUGUACAGGAUGAGCAUUAUGGCUCUCUUGAUCGAUGAAAAGACUGCCGGCGUCGAUAAGAACCGUUGCAUUAAGAUGACCAUUGUUCACGAUCUGGCAGAGAGUUUGGUGGGCGACAUUACUCCAUAUGAUGGAGUCAGCAUCGAGGACAAGCACACACAGGAGAGGAAUGCCAUGCACCAUCUCUGCCACACUUUGCUUGGCUGGUCAGCACAAGCGCAGGAAAUCUUUGGGCUGUGGGAGGAAUACGAGGCAGCUUCGACACCAGAGGCACUCUUGGUGAAGGACUUUGACAAAUUUGAGAUGAUCACGCAGGCACUCGAAUACGAGGAGUCCGAGGGUACGACGUUGGAGGACUUCUUUGCAGGGACCCGCGGCAAGUUCAAGCAUCCUAUGGUCACUGCCUGGGUUAAUGAGUUGGAAGCCGAGAGGGCGCAAUCGCGCGCGAUCAAGUCAUAA